AUGGCGGUGCGGACAUCUUGGUUGCUGAGGGUUCUGCUCUGUUUCUCGGCCUUCCUCACUCUCCUCCUCCUCUGGGGCCUUUCUGAACUCUUCUCCAGCAGAGAAGGGGUGGACUCCUCCAGCCUGAUGACCUCUGACCUCCCUGAGCCGCGGUGCCGGUCCGGCCUGGGCCUCCUGAUCCUGGUGACCUCACAUCCUCAGCACCGCGCCUCCCGGACAGCGAUACGGAGAACCUGGGCGCAGUACGAGGGGUCCACAUACCCUUGGCAGGUGGUCUUCUUGGUUGGACGCCCUUUGGACGUGGUUGUAGAUUGGCGAAUACACAACGAGCAGGAGGUCCACGGCGAUAUUCUGAUGGGUAACUACGUGGACACUUACCGCAACCUGACCCUAAAGGUCAUACAUGGGAUGAAGUGGGCGGCGGAGAGGUGCCAGGCGGCCCACGUCCUGAAGACGGAUGACGACUGCUACGUGAACACUCAGCGGCUGCCGUCCUUCCUGAGCCGGCGCGGUGCCAGCAGACGCCUGUACGUGGGCUCCGUCUUCCCCAAACACAAGCGGGUGGUGAUCCGGGACCCCGCCAGUAAAUGGUUUGUGUCCCCCCAGGAGUACGGGCCGGAGGUGUACCCACCCUACGCCAGCGGGAUCGGAUACAUCUUAUCCUUAGACGCCAUCAGGAUCAUAUUGGAUACAGCCGGGAGGAUGGCGCCGAUCCCCGUAGAAGACGCAUAUGUGGGCAUCCUGGCCGACAGAGCCGGCAUCACCGCCAAGACAAGUGCAAGGUUCACCAAACACAACGCCAAAUGGGGCGCCUGUAACUACCGAUACCUAAUGGUCAUCCAUGGACUGUCACCGCACGACCAGGACCUGGUGCACAACAAGGUCCAGAACACAAGAAACGCCUGUACCCACAGCAGAGAGGUGACACACUGGAGGUGA